GGAGAAUUGCCCUCAGCCACUCACAGUCAAGGCGUCAUCUAUUCGAGAAGCAGUGAUUUCCUUUCCUGACUUCUUGAGAGUGGAUCUGGAAGUAAUUGAUUGCCAUAUCGGCACUAGUGAGCUUUCUGCUUCUUAUCCUACACGAAGUACUCCGUACAUACGCCGAGUCCAUCGCAAGUUGACUGCUUGGUCUGGAUGGGCGUUGAUCUACCCGCACUCUCCUUUUAAGAUCCUGCCAUCGCCAUUCCACGGUCGACUUUCUUCUUUCUCUUUCUCAACUCAACCUCGUGUGAUCUCUCUCUCUCUCCAUCGGUUUGGGUCUGACCUGCGUCGCCUGAACGUGUCUUUCCUUGUUUGACUCUGGUCUUGUUCAUAUUAAGACUCUCGUUACUAUCACUAUUGCUGCCGCCGAGGCUUAACCCGUGGCUCUAUCGCUCAACUUCACCUUUAUAAAUCAAACAUCCUAAUUGAUACUUCCUUAUCCAACCAUGUCAUUGAUUCACUCCGACAACCUGGCUCCUCAGCCAUGGACUGAUAUCUUCACCGAAGACACCUGCAUCGACAGACGGCAGUGCCACCGCACGGUGCCGAUGAAAGUGCUCGCUUUGGGUGUGGGGAGAACGGGAACAGCUUCUCUUCGCAAAGCUCUUGAGCGCUUGGGCUAUAUGAAGACCUACCACAUGAUGUCCGCCAGUAUGGAAAACCCACCGGAUUGCCUCAUGUGGCACGAUGCUCUGUGCGCCAAGUACGAUGGCGUCGGCGAGUUCGGCAGGAAAGAAUGGGAUCAGCUCCUGGGUGACUGUCAGGCCGUCUGCGACUGGCCUGCCUGUGCCUUUGCUAAGGAGUUGAUUGAGGCCUACCCCAACGCCAAGGUCAUCUUGACCACCCGCGAGGUCGAGUCUUGGCAUGCUUCUGUGAUGAAGACUGUUUGGUGGCGUGUGUCGGAUCCCGAGCACAGAUUUGUCUCGAACUUCAGCUGGGCCGCCAGCAUGUACUACCCGAUGCUCAACAAGUUCUUCCAGACCUUCUUCCGCGGUGACUUCCCCAACCAGGGCAAGCAGGUGUACCUCGAACACGUGGAGGAGGUCCGCAGUCUGGUGCCCCCCGAGAGACUGUUGGAAUACCAGAUUGGCGAGGGCUGGGGCCCGCUCUGCGAAUUCCUCGGCGAGGAGGUGCCUGACACCCCCUUCCCCCGCGGCAACGACAUGGCCGACUUCUUCAAGCGCUGUCGCUCUCGCAACAGGCGCCAGAUGCUGAACGCUGCGCUCCAGGCGUUUACCAUGGGCGGAGCUAUUCUGGCCACUGGAUUGGCUGCCACCAUGGCCUUCAAGCGUUUCUCUCGGUAGAGAGCGUCUGACCACUUUGCAUCUUUCGCCCUGUCGUGAGCGCUGGACGCCCAUCGUCUCGGGCUUUUCUGUUUUCUGCUAUGUCUGUUUCAUAUUUUAUACACCGAUGAGCGUCCCGACCCCCGUGCGAGGGUUGCAUUAUUCUUAUAAUGCUUGAUUCUUUCUUAUUUUGUGCCUGUGAAGUUUGUCUCUUGUAUUGGGGCUUGAUGGGGUUUUAUGGCUGGAUUGAUUAGACGGGUACCGG